CGUUAGGGACCUGUGUUUCACCGCGAAAGUACGAAACAGGCUCGCUUGUUUGUGAGAAAUGGCGUCGGGAGGAGAGGCGUUAAAACGGCGACAGAAAAGUCUAAAUAUCACGUAUGAGUCGGGUAUAGACUCUACUAUUGUGGAAGAAAAGUCGUUUGACCAAGCAGAGGAGGACGAGGACGAGGAGGAUGAACCUGUGGUCUUCAUCUGCGGGAAGUGCAAGCUGCCUGUCGGGGAUUCAAUGUCCUGGGAUGGAAGUGAAGACGUCCAAAACCAAAUACGGUUAAAACGGGUCACUGACAACGUUGUGAUGGGAACGAGCACGCGCAUGCAUGAAAUAAGCAAACAAUCUGUCUGUUUGAUCGUGGAUCUGAUCUGUCGAGGCUGCGACUCUGUGCUUGGCAUGGUUUACUCAUCCACACCUAAAGACCUGGACCACAAGAGAUUUGCAUUUUUUUUCAAUGUAGCAAACAUUGACAGCUAUGUGUUAGGCUCUGCAAGCCAGAUGUUGGCAGCAGAGGGCCCCGAAGAGCAGCCAGUCACACUGGAGAGCCGAGGCACUGUUGAACAACAGCUGGCAGAGAUGAAACUGCUGGUAUUGUCCAUGGCACAGAGGCUGGAGGAGAUCGAAUUCGGCCUUAUGGAGGAAAGCGAUGCGGCAUGACAGUGAUGAACUUGUCUGGGUGGAUGCUUUGUCCAGGUGUUGAACAUGGCUCCUCGGCCAUACCUUUACAUUCCUGUAUCGUUCUCUAGGUUUAAUCUUAACCGCAUUCCCUCAGUAACACUUUUUGUCUGAGCCUCACCUUGUGUCUCGCACACACACACACACGGAGCGUCCUCUCCGCUUUGUUCUGAUUACCGAUGGUGAAACAAAGACUGCCUGCACAUGUAAUCAAUCAAGUUGUCAUUGCUGUUCCCGUGGCUCUCGGCACCAUCUUCUCUGCCCGCCUCAGUGCAGAGUGAAUGUACGCUGUGAGCAGAAUGUUUAUUUGUGCAGGAUUUCAUCAGGCAGGCUGCACACUCAGCAGAAUGCCUUAUUGAUCCGGCCACUCGAGGCCACACACACUUCUUCUUUGUUCUCUGCCUCCAGCAUGGAGCCGAGAAAGAUUGCUUUAAAUGUGCUUUUCAUUGCCUUCUUGUGGCCAGAAGUGAUUUGAUUUUGAUUGCCAGGAAAAAAUGUUUUUAUGUUUAAAAAAAUUUGUGUUGAAUCAUUGUACAGGCUUGUUUUGGCCUAACUAUAUCUGUUUAAUAAAGUAUUCAACUGUUACAAAAACUGAAGAAAUUAUUUAAAAAAUGCAUUCAAUAUUGUCAGUUUUACACAAAGGAUUAAACCAAAUAAGACAACUUUAAACAGCCAGGAUAAUCUUUUAAAUGUUUCUUUUUCUUUCACUUUGUGUGGUAAGAUUGUUGGGGAUCAGUGGCUCAUCCUGCUUUAAUUAGAAGUAUUUCUUGGAUUUAGGAGUUAAACAGCAAGUGUAAGGUCUUUGGGUUUAUCAGGGGGGUGAUUAUAUAUUA